ACCGACCGGUCCAACCGGUCAACCUAAAAUCACACUUUUUUCAGUUUUUGACGAUAUGUUCGAUGAGCUGUUGCAGAUUCUGAUUUCUGCUGCUGCUUCUGCUCAGUGGAGGCAGGAAAAGAAGAGGAGCGGUGGAGGAGAUGAGGCAGAUGAGAACGCCAUGAUCGACGGAGGAGAUGAGGAAGAGGUGCUCGGCGGAGGAGAUGAAGCAAAUGAAGAUGCCGUGAUUGACGGAGGAGAUGAAGCAGAUGAGGAUGAUCUGUUGAUUUUGUUCUGUUUUACUGUGUUGCUCGGUAGAGGAGAUGAGUGACGAGGACGAUCGGCUGGACGCUGAGUUGUGUUGCCGCCGACGGAGGUGGCUGAGAUCUGGAGCUCAUCGAUGGUUCCUUCUGUUUCUCGCUGCUUUCUUCUGUUCUGGGUUUUACAAUUUGCAGAGAGUUUUCUUUGUUUCUCCAUAAUUUCUUAUGGUUUUUUCAUCAAAUUUAUUAUGGUUUUUUCAUCAGAUCUUUUAAUUU